AUGCGUGGCUGGAGACCGUGGCUCUUUUGGAUCACCUGCUUGGUGUUUGAGUUUCUCCAGUAUGAUGCAGUGCAUGUAGCAGUGAGGGAGUCCAGUGUAGACGUGGUGCAGGGCGACUCAGUCACUUUACCCUGCUCCUUUUUCACCAUGAGCCCCCUGAUCCACCUCAGCAUCAUCUGGACCCUGACUCCUUUCUCUGACCAAGACAAUCCCACACAGGUGAUCGUGUAUGAUCAGGGGCAGGUGAUCGAAAGCCCCUCCUUCAUCGGCAGGGUGGAGUUUGCUGACAUACCCUGGAACGCUGAUCUGAUCCUGAAUGAAACGCGUGUUUCUGAUGCUGGCGUCUAUCGUUGUGUGGUGAGCAAUCCCCCAGAGACGGGUGACCCUGGAAUCGGAGAACUCAGCCUCACAGUCCUGGUGCUCCCGUCUCUGCCUGUGUGUAUGUGGGAGGGAGAUACUGAUGUAGGUGGCACCGUGACAUUGACAUGUCUUGUAACGGAGGGCAUCCCCACUCCACACAUUACCUGGGAGAAGCUGGAGCCACAUCACAUUUUGCCCAGCAGCAUGGACGGGGAGUUAAUGGGCUUGGUGCAAAUUGCAAACAUGUCUGCACAGGACUCUGGUGUGUAUCGCUGCUCCGUGACCAACGUUCUGGGCACAAAAAACUGCUAUGUGAACCUCCCAGUGUACACACCUACAGAGACUGCCCCAGGCCUCCUGCAGGGGGUGCUAAUCGCAUUGUCUAUGGGCCUGGUGCUGCUGAGCCUGCUGGUCCUGCUGCUGUGGCUCCACCGCUCGGCUCAGGAGAGCACAUGGACGGACGGCCGUGUGGAAGAGCGCUACGACGACGUCACAUACGCGUCCUCUCUAAUCAAGCGUUCAUUUGUUUGA